AUGGAAUUCUUAGAUUUCUCUGAUGCUGAGAUCUCCCCUGGCACUGUCUAUGUGGAGAACUCAUUGACGAAUCCACUGUUUCCUAACCAGUUGGCUGAACCAGGAGUUGGAGAAACCACGCUUGAUCUUGGGACUGGUAUCGAUGUACGGAAUUACUGUGGAUUGGAGGAUCACCAACGACACCAACAGCAGUCAGUGACACCAGAUCAACCCGGACCAAAGUCCAAUGCUUUCCCAACUGGUACUUGUCAUGCAGUGCACCAUGAAUUAAGGAAUUCUUUGAAGCAUCAACAAGAGUCGGCUCCGAUGGAAGGGACUAUGAAUGUGAACAACAUAUCCAUGAAUCAUCAAGCAGUCCUAGAACAACCAGCUGUUGAUCUUAAAAAGUUGGCUAAACAACGUAAUGACCUGAGAUAUCGUCAAAGAAAGAAGGAAGAGACGAAAGACCUGAAGAGAAAAGUGGAUGAGCUGAUGGAAAGAGAGAAACAUUUGGCAAAUGAAAAUGACUCCUUGAAGAAGGACGGAGCUCGGAUGGAAAAAGCUUUGAAACAAAGCAAAAGAGAUGUUCACCAAUUGAAGGAGAAGAACGACGGACUAUCUACUACUGUAACGGAGAUUUCGAGGGGUCUGGCCUCUGCUUUGUUGUAA